GUCAAUCAAGUGAAAUUUCUGUCGAAAUGUGCUUCAUUUUCGUAACAUCAUUUGGCAUAUAGGCGACCUGACGACAGCGCUAUCUGUGAUGCCUUUUGCUAGGUAGUUUUCACUUAGUGGCGCUAAUUUGUCAUUAUUCAUUGAUAUUAUGAUAAUGCAAUAGAAGUUAAUUAUUUAUUUUGUUCUUUCGUUUUGUAAAACGCGUGUUCGAUUAUUUGGCGGAAUCCCUUCAUAAGAUGGCGGACAUCCUAACGCCAUUUAUUUAGUUAUAUGUCGAGGGAACCGUUUUAUUCGUUGUGCAAAGUGUUUGUGUUGAAAAGUAUUCAUAAAACUGCAGUGUGAUGGACUUGUCUUCGGAUUAUUAACAAUUUACAAAACAAUUAAGAGUUCGGUAUUGAAUAAAAGCACGCAUGAUCAUCGGUGGACGGUUAUUUUCUCUGCUUUACGCAUAUCUCUAGGGUCGGUCAAGUACGCCGGGUAUUGAUUGAUUAUUAUUUAUAUAGAUGCAAAAUGCCACCGCCCGAUAAGAAGGCUAUCGCGGACGGGAAGCUGAUCCAGUCCUAUUUAAACAACUACAAUGCAACCAGCGAGACUCCUGUGUUGGACUUGAAUGACGACGGCGGCGACGCAGACGAGAUGCCCAGCAAUGGCGUCACUUACUUCGUGGAUGAGCAGGGCCGCUACUACUACCAGCAGGGGGAUAACCAGUCCAUCAUGUCUCUGCCCACCCCGGAUGAUAAUGAUGAGGGUUUAGCGGAAGACGAGAACAACCUGAUGGAGGAGGGGUACCAGACGGUGACGCUGGUGCCUUCGGAGACAGGGUCCGGGGAGGUCAGCUAUGUGCUGGUGGUCCAGGAGGAGACCAAGCCUGUUCUCAAUGUGGACAUCAAGGUUGAUCAGGUAUGUUAAUA